AAUGUUAGGUUGCCAUAUAAUAGUGUCUUUGACAACCUGACACCACACAAUACCAUCAGUUGCCAUGCACCCUGGAGAGGAUUUUAUUAUAGUGCCACCAGGACAGUAGACAGUGCAGCGUUUUAUCAUAUUCUCGGAGGACAGAGCUCGCCGCAGCACUUGCCUUUUGGAAUUGGCACCUGUUACCACAAAGAAGCACCUGCUGUCGUAUCCUACCUGGCACUGAAUUCCACUUGUGUUGGCAUGUGACUUAGAGGGGCGAGAGAGCUGUAAUGAUUUUUUCUGAGUUCCUCACUCCCACUCAGCAUUAAGAGUACAACUUUGACCAGAGUCCUUUGCUGAGCUAACAAGCCUCAAGAACAAAGAUGGCGUUGCAGAUGAACAUUUCGGGCUUACGCCGUAAUAUGAAAAAUAUUGCUCAUAAUUAUACAGAUGCACAGAUAAAAGUAAGAGAAGCAACAAGCAAUGAUCCAUGGGGCCCUUCGUCCACCCUCAUGUCCGAAGUGGCCGAUCUCACCUACAAUGUGGUGGCCUUCUCAGAAAUCAUGCAGAUGAUCUGGAAACGCCUCAACGACCACGGGAGAAACUGGAGACACGUGUACAAAGCGCUCGUCCUCUUAGAAUAUCUCAUAAAGACUGGCAGUGAAAAGGUUGCAGAUCAGUGUAAGGAAAACAUCUUUGCCAUUCAGACAUUGAAGGACUUCCAGUACAUUGAAGAAAACAAAGAUCAGGGAAUGAGUGUGAGGGAAAAGGCUAAAGCUCUUGUCACACUUCUAAAGGACGACGAGCGGCUUCGGAACGAGAGAGUGAGAGCUCUGAAGGCCAAAGAGAGGUUUGCCCAGAGUGUAUCAGGCAUUGGAAGCGACAGUGACAUAAGCUCUCCCACUAGUCCCUCUUACCCUGAUACGUAUGUAACCAGUUCAUCACGCCCCAAUGAAAGGAAUGCUUAUGGAGUACAGGAUGGGCCUUCAGGUCUUGAGCCACAGUUGGAGGCAGCUCGUCCACAGACAGUCGGAGAAGAGGAGCUACAGCUACAGCUUGCCUUGGCCAUGAGCAAAGAGGAAGCCGAACAAGAGGAACAGAGGCGGAGAUCGGACGACGUGCGGCUCCAAAUGGCUCUUACUCAAAGUGAAGAGGAAUUUAAGGAUGAUGCGACACCGGAAUGGGGAGAAACCGGUAGAAUCAGUACUGGCCAAGUUCUGAAGAGAAGCAGUUCUGGCCAAGUCCCGAAGAGAACCAGGCAAAACAAACAGAAGGAAGACGCAUCAGCCAUGAAUGACCUUCUAGAUAUUAACUUCAACCCUCACAGUGGUGGUAAUGCUGGCAUGGCGCGCUCGACAGCCACCCCCCCAGUACCUUCGUCCCUGGACCCCUGGGGAAUGCCUACCUCAGGAGCUUCUAUAUCUCCACAACAUACAUCCCAGCCGAAGACAGACCCAUGGGGAAUGGCUCUCCCAAAUGGUGGCUCAGAAACGCCAAAACAGCAUACAGAUCCUUGGGGGUCCCCUGCCUCUGGUCCUCCAUCUCGGGUCACGUCACCUCCCACUACCUCGGAUCCUUGGGGUCAGCCUCCUGCAAGAUCUCCAGAACCACCCAUGGGAGGGAUUUGUGGUAAUGACCCUUGGGCCGUGCUCAGCUCUAGCUCUCCAGCUCCCUCCAACUCUGCAGAAGCCAGUGACCCCUGGGAGCCUGUCCCAGCCAAGCCUGCGAGGGAUCCCUUCGCUCCCAUUUCGCCGACGAACAAUGGAGAUGUGGAUGAGUUUUCUGCUCUGUCGAUCAGGGAUAAGCCAGCCAACAAUUGCAUUGGAAAUGAAGAUGGCUUGUCCGAUGCCUUUGACCUUAGCGGGCUAAGUUCAUCAGUGCCAGAUAACAACAGAGAAAAGAAAUCAAAGUCGCCUGCAGCCUUCUUGGGAGAAAACUCAAACCUGGUAAAUCUAGACAACCUGGUCGGCACCAAGCAAGGUACUCCUGCACUAGGUGUCUCCCCUCUGAACUCCACUUCCAUCACCUCCAACUCUCCCCUCACCAUCAACAACAACAACAACAACCUCAACAACAACAACAGCAUCACCAAUCCAUUCGUUACACCGGGCCUCGCGCCUUCAUCUUUUGCAGGUGUGAACCCCUUCAGUGCUCCAAGUCCCCCCAACCCCUUCCAAGCUCAGCAAGCCCCCAAACCUUCCAUGAACCAGCUGCGCACCACCGGAAUUGGCGGCCCAGGGCUGGCUGCUGCACCUCCCUCCAAUGCUGGUGCUCCUGGGUCAGCCCCUGGGCCGUGGGGCUCACCACAACCGUCCGUUGGCUUUGGAAUGGCCCCCUCUGCUACUGCGUCCCAAGACGAGAACCCCUUUCUUUUAUAAUGCAACAUGUACCCCUCCCUUCUCCACUCUCCACACCCAUGCCCUGCCCACCCCUCCCUUCCUCACCCCUGGUAGUCAUCCUCUUCAGUAGUCGUGUUCAAGAGACUAUCACCGCCACCAUGCAUUGUCAUCAUUACUGUUAAUUUUUAUGAUCAUUAUUGUUUUUUUUUUUUUUUUGUUUUUUUAAUUGAAAACUUUUUUUCUCUCAAAAUUUUUAUUUCUAUGUUGUAAAUAAGUAGACGUAUUCUUUUCUUUCACACUUGUUUGUACAGGGUGUCUCUCCCUUUUUUUUUUUUCUCCUUAUUUUCUGCCCUCGUCUUCAUUUUUUUGGUGGUUAUGAUUUUUAGCUGUGCAGUUUCAGUGGAACCUCAGAAACACCAGUGAUAUGCUGAUAAUUUUUCCCCCUUUGUGGUAGUUUUCUGAACUUCAUAUUCAAACUCUUGUGCAAAUGUAUCUCCAAAGAGUUUGUAUUAGGUAAGAAGUGUAUGCAAUAUUGUCACUACUAUUUAUUAUAAUUAGGUGUACUUUUAUAGCUGGUCCAAGUAUAGAUUGUAAGGGAAAUAACUUAUUUAUAUUGUAAACUUUCCCAAUAUACGAUUGUUUUAACAUCUUCAAGAUACUCUUUUUUGUUUCAUCAUUCUACAUGGUAUUAACUGCUUCAACUAACCAGAAAUUACUGUUAAGACUGAAAUUUCUGAGUGCCACUCAUUUUACAAAUUUAGGUAAAUAUUUGUUGUGCAUAAUUUCGGGAGCCUGGUACAUGUAUAUGCACAUGUAGAGGUCCGUAUUUAGUGCAUUGAUCUUUCAAAACAGGGAAAACUAGAAUUUUUGAAGUCAUAGUAUGAUAUUUUCUUAGAGAAAAGGGGAAGGAGGUAAUGUUUUUAAAGUGGAAGAACUGGUACUAAUUGGAUAUUGCAUUAUGAAAAUUUCAGACUUUUCAGUAGGUUUGGCUUGUACCACUUUCAAGAACUUAUAUUUUAAGAAGUUUGUUGACUCAUUAUCUAGCAUCAUGCAUUGUAGAUUUUAUAAUGAAUUUUAAAAAGUUUGGACUUUGUGAAGGUGUAUAGAAAUAAAUGAUGAAGACUAUUUUGAUGUGCAUGAAAUAAGCCAGUCAUUUAAUUAGCAAGCCUGUUACGUAAUAUUUUUAUUUAACAUCUCUCGACAUUAAAAAACAAAUUAACUUCAAUCAAAGUCAGUUAGUGCAUCAACCUGUUGUAGAGGACAACUUUAUGACAUUUGAAUUGAUGUCUGCAUUUCAUUGUUACUUCUUUGAGAUCUGCAGCUACAGUGACCUAUGUAUAAUUCUCAGUCAUUUUAGAGAUGUUCAGUGUGAUAGAAAUUCAAAAUGGAGUUUAUUGUAUAUUCUAUGCAGUAUUUACUUUUCCUAAAGACAAAAAUAUUAAGAAAUUUUAAAGGCUUUGUAUUUAGAAAUCUUUAGGAUUUGAGUUAAAAGAGCAGCAAGGUCAGAAUUUAUAGCCUUAGACUUUGUGAAACGAGAACAUUGCCAGAUUGUAAAUUCAAAGGAGCGGCAUCAGUGGGGCAGAAAAGAGAAUGGAGCUUUGUGUACAUAGCUGGCAGAUACUACUUUUAUUGUUACUUGACCACUCGCACCUCAAGGGGGUAGGAACUGACCUUAACACUGUGACCCGAUCAGUGGAGAUGAGCCUUAGAUAUUUUUUUCACAAAUAAUUUUCUAAGACUGACAAAGUAGAGUGAACCAUGUUUGAAGUAUCAUUAGGCUCAGAGUUGUUAAUCAUGUCAAACCUGGUGUCUUGCUUCUUUUGUCGUUGGACUUUGCUCUUCCUCUUUAUCUACAUUGUCCUUCAAAAUUUACAACGGUAGCCUCGCAACAGACAGCCGAAAGUAGUUUGGGAAUAAUAACCUGGCAUCUUGCCUUAUUCUGUUGUCAAGGUUAGAUUAUUGUAUCUUAAAGAUUACUUUGGGAUUGUUAUCACCUAGACAGAACAGAAAUAAUGACCAUGGUUAUGAUCUUCCAAGCUUAUUUUAAAAAAGUAAGAAAAUGAUAAUAUUAAAAAACAAAAAAAUGCAUUGUUGGGGUUGUGGCAUGCAUGUCUUAACUGAUAUUUUUAUGAAGGUAGAAUAUCCCAGUGUAAAGUAGGUACUAGGAAGCCCACAUAAUUUUAACAUGAAACUUUUAUCCAAACCCCAUUAUAAUACUGUUUUUUAAUGAAACUGUGAGAUCAAUUUGGAUGUUGAAAGAAAGUAAAUGUUAAAAAGAAAACUUGGAAAUAUUGGUGCUACUGUUGUUAUUUUCAGUAUCUUCAUUUUUAUUAAUCUCACAAGCCAAGACAGUGAAAUUAAUUUUUUUGAUACCAUGAUAUAUUUCUCUCUUCCCCUGAUUUUGUUAAACUUAAUUUCAUGGUAUUAUUUAUGUUGAAGAGCAAAAAGAGAGUGAAAUCUCACUAUUGGUUUUGUGAUGUGUUUAAUUUAAAUAGUAUAUAUGGAAAAAAAGAACUUCUGGUGAAAUCUACGGCCCAUCAGAUUAUAUGAGGGUAAAAUAGCUAAGCGCUGUUAUUGUGCAAUACUUGUAACUCCUCUACUAGUGUAUGGUAAACAAUUAGAAGAAGAAAAAUUCUCUUAAUGAAACACUUGUAUUGGAAAGAUGUUUGUUCUUUUUUGUGUUCUCAGCUAGGUUGGCAGUUGAAAUGACAUAAUGGAAAGAUCCAAUGAUUAUAAAGUGUUAUGGUUUACUGUAACAAAAAGAUGUAUUAUUUGUAGAUAUAUAUAGUUUUUUUUUUUUCUUUUUCUUUUUCUUUUUCUUUUUGGUAGGAAGUUAUUUAUGAUUUCAAAAUGAUGCUGUUUAUGGUUCUUCAUAUAUUUAGUGUAUUUGAGUAUACUUGAAAGAAGAAAGAAAAUAGUGUUUACAAAUGGAAAAGAAGCAAUGAGAUAAAAAAAAAUCACAAUAUGCUGAUGGCAGCCAAAUUUAUUGUAAGAACCAAUUUUAUUUUUCAGAGUCAUUGGUACCAAAUCCUCAUUGUAAAAUUUACCAAGAACAAAAACAACAACUAAAACUGGCAUAUAUGAUGCUUUAAAGCCUGCUAAUGGAUUUUUUAUUUUCUCCAGAGGCAUAAUUUUUUAUAUUAUUUAAUUUGUCAACAGACAUUUUGAUUGGGUUGUAUUUUCAGUAACUGCAGUUAUUUUUCACAAGUUGGCAUUUUUUGGGUUAAUUAUUUAAAAAGAAAUAGGCCAAACUCUACCACGGAAACUACAUUAUAGUUAAAUAUCCAGUGAAUAUAUAUAGCUUAUUUUCC